AAAAUUAAUUUUUGAAGGAUCCAAUUACAGUAUUACUCAAUUUAUUUUAUGAUAUGAAGUUCAAUUUUAAUGGGAUAAUUGUUAGAAAAUUACUCUCUCUAAUCUAAAAUGUACCUUCUACUGUUGAUAGUGUACACUGCCAACAGUGGAAAGUAUCUUUUAUAGUGUAUACAGUGUUUAGAAUAGAAAGUAGUCUUCAGAUUAGGAAGCAGGUGUUUAGAAUGGAAGAGCAGUAUUUAUAAUACUGCAAUAUUUUAAUGUAGAGAGCAAUUUUUAUACUGUUGACAAUGUAUAUAAUCAACAGUAGAAGUAUAUUUUAGAAUAGAGAGAUACAUUAUGAAAUUGUUUAGAAUAUGAAGUAAUGUUCUACAAUAGAAAGCAUAUGUUUAGAAAAUUGUGUUUAAAUUAGAAUGCAAUAUUUUAGUAUAGAAAGAAAUUUUUAAGAAUAACAAGUAAGUUUUUAGAACAUAAAUCAACCUCUAGAUUAAAAUAUAGUUUUCUAGAAUAUAAAUCAAGCUUUAGACUAGAAAGUAGUCUUCAGAUUAGAAACAAGUGUUUAGAACAUAAAGCAAUUUUAAUACUAUUUAUUGCAUAUAUUGUUAAAACUAGAAGAUAUGUUUUAAUAUAAGGAAAGUAGGUUACAUUUUAGAACGUCAUACAGUUGUUUAGCAGAUAAAUAACUCUUUUUUACAAUAGAUAGUAGUAUCUAUAUUAGAAUGCAAUAUUUUGGCAUAAAAACAAUAUUAACUAUUAUUAACUAUGAAGCAAAAACACUAAGUUAGAAAGCAAUUUUUAAGAAUAGAAGUCAACCUUUUAGAACAGAAUGAAACCAUUAGAUUAAUAAUGUAGUGUUCUAAAAUAGAAAUCAAAUUUUUUUUUAUACUAGAAAGCAGUGUUUUUAAAGUAAAAUGCAAUACUUAAAAAAUAGAAGGCAAUAUUUUAAUACAGAAAGCAAUAAUCUCUCAUCCCCAAGUAUAUUGUUAAAUUGGAAAUUAUCUUUUGUUUUUUUUUGAAAAGCGUUGUAUCCAUUAUCCUUCGACCAAAGUUGUCUCUCAAUUAUCAGAGUAGAUAAUAGAACAGGUGAAGAUAGAAGGUAAAACAGUAGGAUGAAACCGAAGAGAGAAAGAAAGAGAGAGUGACUGAAAAAGUGCAGACCCCACCCAACGAGGCCCCGAUGCCCGAGAUCUCUGCCAGACCGGCCAGGAGGAGUUCAACAACCAGCGAGGACCAGAAGUGAAACGGUGCUUUGCCCCAGGGCAGGGAUGGCCCAAUAACCGCCAGGAUCCCAAAGAACGCCGCCGUCCCGAGGUCAACAGCCAGUUACGGGUGCCUGGACUGCGCGUGCUAAGCUGUCCCCUCCCCAGAAGACAUCUCCCAUGCACCGCCCUGGUACUUCGUUCAAAGGGCGAAACACCGAUAUGCCUACAGACAAGCUAAGUCCUAGUGGUGUGGAAAGCGAUGCAGGUGACUCCGUAGCCGUCAAGGUGGAGAGGUACAGUCCUGAGCCCGACGACAUCAGCCCUUCACAGAGCCCUAGCUCGGGUAGGGCGUCGGUCGCCGAGAGUUCGGCCGCCGAUUACUUCUCUGCCAAUAAUUUGUUGUGUGGCACACCCGUCAUCAAACAGAUGGAGAUGAUGACUCGCAACUACAGUGACUUCAUGAGGAGUCUGGCUGCAAAGUACAACAAUCAGCAUGCGCAAGAAUCUGUAAAUUGUGCUCCUACAAAUGGCCUCCUGAGGAACUUAGAUGGAAGUUUCAAGAGCGCCGUCAUUUCUCCCAUCUUCAAUCCAGCAUUGGAAACGAUGGACAACAGGAAGCAAUCUCCUCCAGUUCUGAGUGAUUUACAGUCUUUAUCCGAAUUUCCCUCUUCACAGACGUUACUCAAUCUUGUCCGCACCGCUAGUGCCCAUAGUGCUCUUCAGUUAGAAUCGUAUCUUCGAGGAUCUAGAAAAAGAACGAACGAGGGUGAUCCAAAAUUUGAUCCUCUAGACUUGUCUGUCAGUCCAGGUAAACAAUCCAGGACGGAUUGCUUAGCGGCACCAUCUAAUCCUCGUGACUUAUGUUAUGUGUUGCAUAAUAAGAACGAAAUCAACGAAUGUACAGACAAUAUGAGGACUAAACGCGCUCCCCAUUGGUUAACAUUAUUGGACAGUAGGCAAACGGAUCAAGACAUUUCAGCUGGCAACGUGCUCGUCAAGCUUGCCAACAGGGUGCGGUCGUCGUCACCUUGUUCUAACCAAUCGGACAACGAACUUUCACAUUGGACUGUUGAUGAUGUGGUCAAAUUUGUGACGUCGAUAGACUCUUGCAGUGAAUACGUAGAGAAAUUCCGGGAACAGUCGAUCGAUGGAGCCAGUCUACAAUUGCUCAGUGAAGAACACUUGACUGUAUAUCUGGGUAUGAAGCUGGGACCUGCCUUAAAGUUACGAAGUGCGGUUAGUCGAUUGACCGGAAAUUGUACAGUCUGUAUGCACUGUAUACAUUGUCACAACGAUCUAGCGGACAGAGCAUCUCGAUCGCCAUCUGUUAGCAAAUAAACGAAGCAAAACAUGAAAAAAUUAAUUAUUCUAAUUAAUUAAAGAUUAUUUUUUAAAAUUUUCGUUUUACGGGGGAAUUAUUAAUUAAAAAAAACCGCGAUUUAAUAUAUGUGUAAAUAUUUUAACAUCUCGAAAUUGAGUUGAUCUUAUACUUAAAAAUUGUAUUAUAUGUACUGUACAAUGCAUUUAAUGCAGGCUUAUUUUGGACAAUCUGUGAUUUUUCGAGACUAAAAUUUGUCAAAUUUUGAUGAAUUACCGACGAGGAUGAAUCCUAAUCAUUGUGCAAAGCUCAAUUUUUUUUUUUUAUUACUAUAACUUUAAUUAUAUUUAAUUCUCUUGAAAUUUGUGAUUUGAUCGCAUAUUUCUCUCACGAGUACGUCCUAGUUACCAAAACUGCCACCACGUGGCUUACUGCCCAUGGUUAACAUGACUCAAAUGUAAGAAUAUGACGACCAGAUACCUUAUUUACUGUACAAAAUGUGUAAAAUCCAUAUGGUUUUGCAGUACAAUGUUAUUAAAAAAAA